GAAUCUUCAUCCCCAUUGACGAAAGAAACAAGCAAUAUGGCGGACACCUACCCAAACCAGGACCGGAACAACGACCGUAAGCAGGCAUCAUGCUUAAUACUUGGCGUGCACGUCUUGAGUCUUGCGUUCUAGCCAACAACUUCGGUACUAGCGGUGGUCGCAGCGACCAAUUCGACCGCGAGCGGGGUUUCGACCGUGACCAAGGCUUCGGGCGCGAUCAAGGUCGUGACCAGGGCUUUGGCGGUGGCCAGGUCGACCAAGGGAUCGACCAAAAUCAGGGCUUCCAGGACCAGGGAGCGCAGAGCCAGGGCUUCCGCGACCAGGGCGUACGCGACCAAGGCUUCGGAGGCAGGGGAGAUGGCCUCCAGGACCAAGGCUACCAGGGCGACGGCGCAUAUGGUGGAGGAGCGCAGGGUGGCUAUGGCGGUUCUGGUCAGGACAACUUCGCGGGCGACCGGGGCGACAACGCGUACCAAGGUGACCAGUUCGGCGGCGGUCCCGGCGGUAAGGCUAGCAAACCAUCGUUGACCCAGCGGCUUGAGGGCGAUGUGGAGAAGGUGGCCGGCAAGGUCACCCGGAACCCAGGCAUGGUCGUGCGCGGCGAAGAGAAGAAGGAGGGAUACUGAGCAUCGUUGCCUUGUCGAAUCGGCCCACCACUCCGAUGAGAAGGAAAGCUUUGCCCUGAUGGACGUUGUAUGA